AUGGCCACCGCCGUCAGCGCCGACGGGAGCAUAUCGGCAAAGGCCGUGGUGACCACGCCGCUCGUAGCGGAGGCCACCCGGCUGCAGGGCCUCGGCAUGCUCGCCGCUGCCGCGCUCGGCCGCGCGCUCACCUGCACGCUCCUCGUCGCGGACGGGCUCAAGGACGAGGAGACCUUCCAGGUCACGUUCAACGGUGAUGGACCGCUGAGAGGCGUCAUGGCGACCGCCAACGGCAAGCUCGAGUCGCGCGGCUACGUCGGCAACCCCGCCGUCACGCUGCCGCCCACCGGCGCGGGCAAGCUCGACGUGGGAGGCGGCGUGGGCAAGGGGUCGCUGCAGGUGGUGCGCCAGAAGCAUCUUCCCGGCGCCGACCUGCCUUCGCAGUACUCGUCCAUCACCGAGAUCCGGACCGGCGAGAUCCCGGAAGACAUCAACUACUUUCUGCUCGAGUCGGAGCAGCGGCAGGGAGCCCUCGCCGCCGGCGUAUUCGUUGCGGGCGUGCGGGUGGACGCUGGCGGGGGCUGGUACGUGCAGCUGCUGCCGUUUGCGGCGGAGGAGUCGAUUGUGCGGCUCGAGGAGAACAUCGCCAAGCUGGCGAGCCGCUCGCCGACCAGCCUGGUGCGGGAGGGGCUGGGGCCGCGCGAGAUCGUCGACCUGCUGCUCGACGGACUCGAGCCGGUCUUCGCCGACGACAAGCCGGCGCGCGUGCUGCGGACGAUGGCGCUCAUCCCGCGAGAGGAGCUCGAGGAGAUGCUCACCUCGAACGAGGUCAUCGAGGCCAGAUGCGAGUUUUGCGGCACCCUCUACCGAUCGACGCCCGAGGAGCUGCGCGAGAAGCUCGAGGCGCGCGAGUGA